CAAGUGGCUGCCGAGCGCUUCAAGGCUCUGCAGAGCCACUCCUCACACAACAGAUGCUGCUGCAACAACUCAAGAGCAGACUUGAAGAACACGAAACCGACCAGGAGCAGGAGAUCUCGGAGAAGCUAGGGACCAUCGAGGACCUCCACGCCCGCCUCAGGGCCAACGUGAGCACCAUCCAGCAGCUCAACGAGCAGCUGCACUCCCUCAAGCAGGAGACGGUCCGCCAACGCUCAGACAUUGAGAAAGAGAGAGCGGCCAGACAGAACCUGCAGAUGCAGCUGGAGAGCAGGGAACAGGCUCUCAACAGCCUCAAAGCUCAAAUGGAGUCAGAGAGAUAUCACCGGUCUGUGAAUGGCACCACGCCUCGUCGUGGUGGGGAAAGCUACACAAACGGUUCAGCACCAGACUCGGCCUAUGCCUCGUCGUUGGGGAGGGGAUCGCAGCGACAAAACAAGGACAAGAUGCAGUCAGCCAUCAACAGCGCCCUCAAGGACGCGGGUGUGAGCGACCCGAACACGCUGGACAAGUCGUACUGGAUCCAACGCGUCGGGGAGCUCUCGCUACAGCUGCAGCAGAGCAGCGAGUUCUGGUCGGACAAAGUGCGGGAUCUGUCGGCCCAGUUGGGGCGUUCACGAAGUCCCUCGCCUCAUAAAUGAUGGACACGUUCUUUUAUUGGCGAUUGACUACUUGAGGAACAAGAAGGGCCAAACUUCAACAUAUCGGCCAAUUUUGCGUGCAGAAAAGUGUAUAAAAGAAAGGCCCAAAUACACGGUCCAAAAUGUUCUGUUCUUGAACGACAUAUUGGGGGCUGGGCAUAGAACUGUAUUUAUUACUAGACAGCAAACGUACACAAUGUAGCCAUCUGAACGCAUCCAUGUUUGUGCAUAACUUGUAGAAAGCAAAAUAAAAUUGUACAGCUUUACGCAUAUCUGUGUUUGUAUUUAAGCCUAUAUUAUAAACAUAUGUUCAAAACAAAACAAAUAACCAGCAAAUAAGCAGUCUAUUUUGUUCUACACUAACAAUGCACACAACUGCACGUGUGCUACCGAUGAAUCGUAUGUUUUACCAAUGAAUUCUGUAUUACAAAUGGACAACCAUGCCUGUUCAGCCCUUAUGGUUUUCUGUUCUGCAUUCAGAGCUCACCAGGCACACUUCCAUUCCAUCUAAUUUCAAUCUUUUCUAUAAGUCCACAUACAUGAAUUCAAAAUGUCUGCGCUCCAAAUGCUUAAUAAAAGUAUUCUGCACAUGCAAAGGACGAGUCCAUAAUUUAUUAUAGCUCUAAGGAGUGGUGACACUUUAAAACAAUUCCUAUAUCAUGGAAGUUCCAUGCACUGACACAUUACAUUCCUUAAAUAGUUCAAUAUUAGUGUGCCUUCGUUUCUUAGACUGUACUGUAGCAGUUGUAGAAGUUGUAAAUAUUGGAGUUUAUAUUUAUGAAAUGUAUAGAGUGUAUGAAUAGUGCUCUUUUUUACUUUUACAUGAGGUUCUUGUUUCGAUCUGUAUUUUUAAACGGUACCAUACAGAUACAUUGAAUACACAGUUUAGAAUUUUAUAUUUGGUCUUUUUAACUUCAAAAAUAAAGUUCGAAAAUGAACCAAUGUUUACACCAUCUUUCCACAUUUGGAGGUAGUUUGCCAUUUUCCACCCAAAGUAGUUUCUUCUAGUUGAAAAGACUUAUCCCUAUCCAAAUGAAGUACAUUUUUAAAAAGAUGAUAUAACAUGAAAUGGGUUAAGCUCUUUAUAUAAAUUUUUACAAAUUUUUUUAACAUUUAUGCAAUUGCCAAAUUUU